AUGGUUACCUUCCUCGAUGAGAAAGCCGGGGUGCAAGGCGAAGCGGUGGAACGUGUUCUUUCUUUGAAGAGUGCUCUCGACCCAGCACGUCUGCCAGGGGACCUGAGUUUGAAAGUAGCGCUCGCACUUCAUUUUACUUACUUUGGCCUCUUAUUCGACAUCCACACGACGUUAACUUAUCCAUGGUCUCGAGGCAUCAUCAGCUUACGCCAACAUCCGUCAUUCCGUGAUCAAGUUGAACGAUCUUACUCUAUAGUGGCGAAGGCAUCGAGAGACGUUAUUCUGGCAAGUCGACACAUUCCUUUGGAUGCUGCUUGUCCCUUUCUGCUCGCAUACUACGUCCCAAUUUAUGCCCUGAUCAAUCUAUUCAUUCACAUUUUACAAGCACCAAAUCUUCCCUCUGCUGAAUCCGACCUUCUUCUGAUGGAACUCGGCGCGAGUCACUUUAUUCGUCUUGAGCUAGCAACUGAAUCUCAAAUAUCCACGCCAUUUGUAAGAGAUAUUGCACAGAUGGCGCGGAAUGUUGUGGAACGCGCGAAAAGUACCCCUGCGUCAAAUCCCGAUCGCAAUACUUCCGAACUUCAACAGACUACAGGCCUCGGAAUUUCUACGUUGGACCCAGAAAACGCAGCACUUGAGGAAGGAGAUUUCUUGUGCGAAGACGGCCUGGAUGAGGUUAGUGGUCCCAGUCAAAAUACUGAUAUGUCAUUUCUGAUAUCCUCGACAGUGGUUCGAUAUGUCAUUUGA